UAUUUUCCUUUUAGUUUAGGGUUUGCGUUGCUUUUGUUUUAGCAGCCGCCUUCGUCGCCCUUCCCUCUAUAUCUCUCAUCUCGCAUCUUCUCUUCCUUAAUAAUCAAUCUUUAGUCUCCUCUUCUUCCAUCUUUACGAUCUUCUCCGCUGCGUCAAUCGGCCGCUCGUCUUCUUUUUCCACCUUUUCUUCCAUCUUUCAUCUUCUCUUCUUUCAUCUCCAUUUUUCUUUCGAUUUUUAUUUAUGUAUGGAGAGAUGAACUGAGAGGGAGCGUGCUCUGGGUCUUUUCUUUUCUGCUAAAUGGAAUGCCCAAAGGAAUUGAAGAAAUUACUGAAUAAAUGGAUUCAACAGUACUUUUAGGUUUGGAGAGGACCAAUUCGACGGUGCCGCAGGGAAGCGCCUUGGCCGAAAUUACAUCCACGGUGGUUCUUGAUUGAAUGAAUCGGAGGAAGCGGUCGAGCAUGAAUAUGAAGAUUCCACCGGCGGCAAUGGUGAAGACGAAAUCGCCGACGUGUAGGGCUAAGAAGACGACGAAGAAGAUGUACAAUUGAUGAGUGUAGAAGAACUUCCUUAUUUUCGAGUGAUUCAGCCGUGAGAGAAAUUGUGAAGAGCCUAACUCCUAUGCUUGGUUUCUGCAUUGUCGUCAACAAUAUCCAACCCGUUCUAUCCGGAGUGGCUGUUGGAGCUGGAUGGCAAGCUUUUGUGGCUUAUGUGAAUGUUGGCUGUUACUAUUUGUUUGGGAUUCCCUUGGGACUUCUUAUGGGUUUCGCUCUUCACUGGGGUGUUUUGGGAAUAUGGUCUGGAAUGAUUGGAGGAACCAUAAUUCAGACUCUCAUUUUGACAUGGAUGGUGUACGGAACCAAUUGGAACGAAGAGUUGCGAGUAGAGGAAAAUUAG